ACGACACGUACAAAAAUGGAGCCGAGAACGAAACAGUCGCACGAGCGCGGCUGGCUGCUUCGGCGCGACACGACGACCGCGGUGCCAUGCAGCGGCGGCGAGCAGGAAGAGCGCACCACCCCGUGCUCCCGGCGGCGGCCGUCCUGACCCAUCUCCUCCUCGCCGCCGCCACCGUUGCUGGCGCCGAUGAACCGGGCACGCCGGCGAUCCUGGCCACGGUGUGCGGGGCCAGGCAGACGCCGGACCCGGAGGGCUUCGACGUCAGCUUCGUCACCACCCUGGAGAUGAUCUACCAGAACGUGACGCGCUCCGGCUACGGCGCCGCGGGCUCCGGCGCCGGCAACGACACCGUCUUCGGCCUCGGCCAGUGCCUCGCCUACCUCUCCCCGACCGACUGCCAGCUCUGCUACGCGCAGAGCCGCGUGAAGCUGCCCCACUGCCUCCCGGCCGACGGCGGCCGCAUCUACCUCGACGGCUGCUUCCUCCGCUACGGCGCCGACAACUUCACCGCCGUCGCCACCGACGCCAGCGACACCGCGGUGUGCGGCUCCAACGCCACCGGCGGGCCGCCCGCGCCGGGGUUCGCGGCGGCGGCCGCGGCGCUGGUGCGGAACGUCACGGCGGCCGCGCCGGGCGCGCGGGGCUACUACUACGCCUCGUCGUCCCCGGAGUCCGGGCGCGCGCCGCGGGCGUACGCCGCGGCGCAGUGCUGGAGGUCGCUCAACGCCAGCGCGUGCGCGGCGUGCGUGGCGAGCGCACGCGACCGGGUGCUCCGCCAGUGCCUGCCGGGCGCCGCCGAGGGGUACGGCCUGAACGCCGGCUGCGUCGUCAGGUACUCGACGCGGCCGUUCUACCUGCCGGCAGACGCCGCCGGCGGCGGCGGAUCGUCCACGCGGCACACAGUUAUCAUCGUCAUCGCUUCAGUCUUCUCGGCAGUGGCCGUCAUUGGCAUAGCGUUCGUCUGGACGAAAAUGCGGUCGAGAAGAGACCAUCUCCAUGACGACAUGGACGGCUCCGGCGAGAUCAUCCGCGCCAUCGCCGCGUCGCACCUCAGCUUCAAGUACCAGGAGCUGCGCCGGGCGACCGACGAGUUCAACCAGAUCAACAAGCUCGGCCAGGGCGGCUACGGGUCGGUUUACAAGGGUGUGCUGCCGGACGGCCGGGAGGUGGCCGUGAAGCGGCUCUUCUUCAACACGCGGCAGUGGGCGGACCAGUUCUUCAACGAGGUGCGGCUCGUCAGCCAGGUGCAGCACAAGAACCUGGUGAAGCUGCUCGGCUGCAGCGUCGAGGGCCCCGAGAGCCUCCUCGUCUACGAGUACCUCUGCAACACCAGCCUCGACCACUACCUGUUUGACGCGUUCAAGAAGAACGCACUGGAUUGGGAGCGGAGGUUCGAGAUCAUCCUCGGGACGGCGGAGGGUCUUUCCUACCUGCACAAUGCUUCGGAGAUCAGGAUCAUACACAGGGACAUCAAGGCCAGCAACAUACUGCUGGAUGAGAGGUUCAGGCCUAAGAUCGCCGAUUUCGGCCUGGCGAGGAACUUCAUGGAAGAUCAGAGCCACCUCAGCACUGGUCUGGCUGGAACCUUUGGAUACAUGGCUCCGGAGUACAUCGUCCACGGGCAACUGACAGAGAAGGCCGAUAUCUACAGCUACGGCGUGCUCGUCCUCGAGAUCAUCACCGGUCGGAAGAACCACAACUCGGUGGCUUCAUCGGCAGAAGGCCUGUCCCUCAUGGCACUGAUAUGGAAGCACUACAACGCAGGGACCCUGAUGGAACUCCUGGACCCAAACCUUCGCGAGCAGUGCUCGGAGGAGGAAGCUGUGCAGGUGUUCCACGUCGGGCUGCUCUGCGCCCAGGCGUCGCCGAACCUCAGGCCGCCGAUGUGGAAGGUGGUUGAGAUGCUGAGCGGCAGGGACAAGGUGCUUCCCCGGCCCACCCAGCCCCCGUUCAUCAACGUGAAGGGGUCGAACGCGAAGAGCGACGGGUCAGGAUCGACGUCUCUUCUGUCCAACUCCGACAAGUCACCGUUCUCGCUGAACCAGCUCUCAGUGAGCGGCGUGGAGGCCAGGGAAUGAGACGUAGAUUGUACCACAGCGAGUAAAUUUUCUUUCACUUUUGUCGUUGGAUGAAAAGGUCACACAGGAACCCAUAGAUUGGAGCACACCUGCCAUCAUCUCAGAAACGAAGCACGUAAAAAGGAAAGUGAGAGGUACAAAUCAGGACCCAACUCUAGAUCUUCAGAAAGACAACGCAAACGCCGGUGAGCACGUCGUGAGCACGUCAAUAUUGACUGAGAAAACACCGAUUGCUUCUGCAUAAACUGGAGACCUAAUCAACACUAGUUAGCCGCCGCAUUUGCGUGACGAAGAGCAGUAAUCAACCUGCUGUUUCCCUUUGGGAAAGUCAAGCACGCGGAUUAGUCGAGAGAGAAACCAGGUCUUGCGAGAAUUCAUCGAGAUGGGGACUGGCAGCAUGAGACCUCAACCGGCUGUGAAGCCCGCGACUUCCUGGUCUGAUCAGAGAUUCAGAGCUGCUGCUUCUGCUGCCUGGAGUGCUGCUGAAUUUCCUGGCUGCGUGAUCUGGCCCGGUCCUUGUCGAUUUGUCUAUGCAAGUUCGUCAAAACUUACUGCUGAGGAGGAGUGAAUGGGCCAGCAGCCGAAUGGCCUGACCGGACCAGUGGCGCCAAAGAGUAUUGAUGAGCAGGUCAAGUGCUCGCCGCCGUCCAAGUCCAAGACGGGGACGGUUGAACGACCAGCAUCAGCGUCCGGUGAAACUGAAGACAGAAGCAGGCGUACUACUUCACGCCUCCUCGCUGUGUUUCUUCCGGUGCACAUAUCUAGAGGACUGGCAAUAAAAAGGUGGUGCCAUGCGGCCUACGCAUUAUGUAAUUUUCUCAUGUGAGAAACAAGAUAAACAUUUGAAAACGGUGUGAUAAUAUUUAGGGAAAUGGUAUCCAGACGCUUCAA